AUGGCAGGGCAGAAGUAUGUCAAAAGUGCUUGUCUCAACUGUAGACGAAGGAAGGUCAAGUGCGAUGGGAACCAUGUUUGUUCCAACUGCGUGACCUCCAAUCUCGAGUGCUUCUACAACGUUGAUGGUGACCUGCGAAGAUUAUCGACCAAGAAGACAAUCGUCAGCCUCGAAGAGCGGAUCGGUCAACUCGAGGGAGUCCUGCGAGAGCACAACAUCGAUCAGCCCCAGCCAACACCUACCUCCGCAACUGAACCAGUCACCCUCCCGAAACAAAUAUCUUCUACGCCAGAAGCACAGCAGAGGGUCAACGGAGACCAGGACCAGACCGAUGGCAGCAAAGUCGAUAACGAUGGUCUUCCACAAGACCUCAAUUCUCCCUCGGUACUGCUCGAGGGCACGUCAACGCGAGGCCUUUUCGAUACUAGGUCCCACCAGCUAGCCAAGGACUCAGAAGCUUCCCAUACAGCCCAAUCUUACCGAGCCCCGGCCUCCAUUACAUCGAAUCACAGCGAUCACUUUGUGCUGGUUGAUACACCGGGUUCCGCUCAUGCUCUGCACGGAAACACUCUCCACAGCAGUAAACAAGAUUCCGAAGACGAAGACAACAGCAUAACUGGAAUUCUAUCAGCCCGUAUGGGUGCGCUGAGGCUUGUCGAGGACGGGCAGCUGCGGUACUAUGGGCCAACAUCGAACCUACAUAUGCAUACAGACGGCCUCCAAUCACUCUCAACUCCGUCUUUCCGCUCUGUGGCAACUGAAGGUAUUGAUGUUCUUCGGAGGUUAGGGUUGGAUCAGGAAGUGCCUUUGGCCCUUGAAACCCACCUCGCGAAGCUCUACUUUACCUGGGAAGACCCAGCCAUCCACGUUGUCGACCAAGAAACCUUUUUCGCUGAGAAACGUCGCUGUCUGUUACAUGAUACAGGCAGCCCAUACUAUUCCGAGACCCUCAACAAUGCCAUUUGCGCCAUGGGUGCCAGCCUGGCAGCUGGAGAGAAUCUUCAUCUUCCGGAGCCAGCUUCCGAGUUCUUUUCUUCCCGAGCAAAGGCACUCUUGGACGUUGAAAUGGAUAGCCCGACGGUUGCCACCGUUCAGGCACUGGUUAUCAUGAGCGCCACAGAAGCAGCAUCUACUCGAGAUGCUCGUGGCUGGCUGUAUAGUGGCAUGGCCACACGACUGAGUGCUGAUUUGGGCCUUCAUCUGGACAUCACCAAGCACAUGCAUAACGGGCUCCUUACGUCGCGAGAUAUGGAAAUAAGACAAACAGCUUUUUGGGGAGUUUUCAUCCACGAACACAUGUGGAAUCUCUACGCUGGCCGCCCUUGGGGAUUGGGGAUUCAAAAUGUAACCAUUCCCAAACCAGAGCCUGAAUCACAAGAUGGAGAGUGCAAGCUUUGGAAGUCCUAUCCGGGCACCACUUGGCAGCCAGAAGCUGGUGUGCUCUUCCCGAUCCACGCUUGCACUGCCGCCAAUGUCACGCUUUGUGGUUUUAUGCGACAGAUAAAUAUUACACUUUAUGCUGGAGAAACGGUUGACUUGAGCGCCCUCGUCGAGUUUCUCAUCAAGACCAAGCAAGAAAUGAUGGAGUGGCAUGCAAGCUUGUCUCCACUGCUGGGAGUCAGCGAGAUGGGGUCAAGCAGAAUCUAUCACCCUGCCAUCCUUCAACUUCAUAUGCAAUAUUAUGCCACCCUUAUCUUCCUCUAUCGCCCUUACUUGUCAUGUCGGCUUGUCUCUCAGAUAGCGUCACAGGAUACGCCAGAGACUCGAGCAGCAAUGGAAAGUGUUCCGAGUGACUGCGUCGCAGCAGCCCAUCAAGUAGCUGACAUUCUUCGAUGCUACCAAAAACAGCACUCGCUCCGACACGGCAACGUACAAAUCGUCCACAUCAUCCUGACAGCGUCUCUUACUUUUAUUCACGACGUCUGCACGCGUAGCUACAGUGAAUCGCGGCGUUCCCUAAGCGACCUGCAGUUAUGCUGCCACUCAUUAGGAGAGAUUGGUCGGUGCUUUGGAAACGCAACAAGGGCACUGGAGGUCAUCAUCCUUGUUAAGAGUGAAUGGCAAAGAAUAGCCACUUCCCGAGGAGGACAGAAGACAGGGAGAAAACGUCCAAGCUUCAGCAUGUCUGGUAGCUCAGGGGAGCUUGACGGGGAUUGCCGGCCCAGGCGAAGACAUCGAACCUCGAUGAUAGACACCGACAGGUUCCAGGCCCCUAGUUUCAGUAUGCCGCCUCUCUUUUUUGAUGAGGGCGCUUUGGAUCUCGAAGACGUGAAUAUUGGCAACCCCAGUGUCGAUGAAGAAGGCCAGGAUAUGUGGAUUUUCUCGGGCGAGCCUGGCUUUGACAUGAACGAAAUGAUCCCGCUAAUCGAUUGGUUCAACAAUCAGCUCCUUGAAGGGACUCAUAUACCAGCACAGGAGGCAUUGUCUGGAGCACAUGCAGAGUCGCAGGUCAUCCCAGAUGAGCCGAGUGUCGGACCUUCAGACAUUGUGUGA